AUGGGCGCUAAAGCAUCUACAGAAGGUGAUGUUUACAGCUAUGGAAUCCUUCUAUUAGAGAUGAUAACUGGAAAGGGGCCAACUGAUGACAUGUUUAAAGAUGAUCUAAGCCUUCAUCAUUUUGCUAAGUUGUCAUUGCCUGAACAAGUAAUGGACAUUGUCUAUCCAGUUCUCUUAGAAGAAGCCAAAGUUACUCAAGGCAGCGGAAAUCAUACUAACACGAGAAAAAGAAUGCAUGCUUGCUUAAUUUCAAUGGUCAGAAUUGGUGUGUUGUGUUCUACAGAAUCUCCAAGAGAACGAAUGGAGAUGAAAGAUGUUGUCAAAGAAAUGCAUGCAAUCAAGGAUUUAUAUCUAGGCAAUGAACUCAGCAGCUUACGACAAUUGAUAAUAUGCAAUAACCGUCUCAGUGGUGUGUUGCCCGAUUCCAUGGUUAAUCUUUCGACCCAACUGACAUGGCUGAAUAUUGGAAGUAACAGGAUAUUCGAAAACAUCCCAUCUAGGAUUCAGAAUCUUGUUGGACUAACAGCACUGAAAAUGGGGCAGAACUUUCUAACAGGUAAUAUUCCCAUUGGUGUUGGGAAGCUUAACAAGGUGGAGGUACUUCACUUGGAUAGAAAUGAAUUAUCGAGCCAAAUUCCAUCUUCCUUAGGCUACAUCUCACGACUGUUCAUACUCGUCUUAUCAAGAAAUAAUCUAACAGGGAGAAUACCUUCAAGUCUCAGAAAUUGCAAUCUGCCAGUGGAAACCGGUAACUUGAAAAGUCUCCAGACACUGAAUGUUUCUAAUAACAAAUUGUCAAGAGAAAUUCCAAGCUUGUUAGGCAAUUGUCUUAGCCUAGAGUAUCUCUGGUUGGAUGGGAGAUUCUUUCAGGGAUCAAUUCCUUCCGCAUUUAGUACUCUAAGAGGCCUUCAAUCCCUGAAUCUUUCAUGUAACAUCUUGUUUGUAAAGAUUCCACAAUACCUGGAGAACCUUUCUGCAUUGUAG